UUCGGGCGUUUGUUUGUUGUCGUGUUGUAUUUUGAGUUUUUAAACUUCCCCAGGGUUCGUGGAACGAUGUCCUUUGCCUGGAAGCCUUUUGUUUAUUCUGUUUCAGGUGAAGAACAUGUCUGGUGGCUGGUGCAGCAGCGAUGUUCGUGUUCUUAUUGCCGGGGAUUCCAAUGUCCAUCGUUUGAAGUCUGCGUGUCCUCCAAAUACAAGGAUUGACUUUCUGCCCGUAUUUGUGGGGACGAUUGAACUUUACCGGUACGCAACACUUAACAUCAAACAGCUUAGUCUAACCUGGGUGCUGGAGGUUUCGGUGAAUGACAAGUUCGGGCUCGGCCGUGAGGGUGACGUGGGCGACAUCUUCGCCCGGGACAUAAUAAUGUCGCCCUUAAACUACAUGAAGGAGAAGUUGACUUCGCCUUGAAGAUAUUCAUUGUAUUAUAGAAGCAAGGAUUAAAAUAAAAAACAACAACGCCAGUAACACGUAAACUCCAGCUAUAAACUU